GCGCCAAAACGUGGCAAUGUAUUUUGCAAUGAUAAUCCUGAGUACAGCAAGGUUGAUUCAGGCCAAAGAGAGUCCUCCUUCGUUCUUUGUGGAAUCAGCAGGACUUGGAGAUACUGUAACCCUUCACUGUGAAUGUGAAGACACGGAUAGUAAUUAUUUAUACUGGUACAAGCAAUCUCCUGGAUGUCUUCCCGAAAUGGUCGCUUCAAAAUUGUUUGAAUCAAUAACCUUGAAGCCCCAGAUUAGUUUAACAUUGACAGAGGGGGAAGUUGUUUGUGUCUUUCAUCUGAUAAUUCAAAACGUAACUAAAGGUGAUGAAGCAAACUAUUUCUGUCAAUCGUACUCACGUGACAAGUGGAAAAAUUUCACAUUUCUGUCUGUCAAAGAUCCCAAUGACCAGAGGUUUGUCUCCCAGACUGUGGUCCAACAGCCUGUGACGGCAUCAGUUCAGCUGGGAGACCCUGUGGCUCUCCAGUGCUCUAUUACCUCCCAGAGGACAAACCGCAGAAACCAGUGCCAAGGGGAACCCAGUGUGUACUGGUUCAGAUCAGGACCAUCUCACCCUGCUGCCAUUUACAUGAAUGGAAACAGGAGGGGUGAAUGUCAGAAUAGUUCUGGGCCUCCGUCUGCUCCACAGAGCUGUGUCUACACUCUCCCCAAGAACAAUGCAGUAUCCUCUGAUGCUGGGACUUACUACUGUGCCCUGGCAGCAUGCGGGGAAGUUGUGUUUGGAAAUGGAACUAAGCUGGACAUAACACAAACCAACUGGCAUGUUACCAUGGUGCUUGGAAUACUGUUGGCUUGCUGUCUGGCUGUGAUUAUAAUCCUGUUUCUAACGAGAAACACAAAGUAUGUUUGUGAUCAUCGCAAAGGAACACUGAGUGCUUCCAACCAAGUUCCACAUGACUCAGGGAAUCAGGAACAACAGGAUGGGGAGACAGAUUCCUUAAACUACGCAGCGUUGGAGUUCUCUGGCAGGAAAACCAGAGGACGUAAGAAGAACACUGAAAGGAAUCAGGAGAGUCUGUAUUCUGCUGUGAGGGAAACCUGCCACUGAAGUCCAUCAACCUGGGAGUUUCUGUCACCUCGUGAGGCUAAAGGAGGUGAUAAUGGUGGAAUUUAUGGAGAAACUGCAUAUUGUCAGAAGCAUUUGUAUAUUGUUUCUAAUGUUUAUUAAUGUUGCUUUGUUUGGAUCAUUGACAUUGAAUUGCUCAUCAUUUGUGAUGCUGUCUUUGGUCCAGCCUAUCUUGAUGUGCAGCCGUACUUAGCCCUGCUUCUUUUUUUACAAUAAACAUAUA